ACUCAGCGUGGUGAGAAAGGGGCUGUUAUAGGGGGCCGUGAGGGUCACCCGAGAGCAGAGUCUGCAGCUUGGGCUACUCUUCUCGCUCUCGCUCUCGCAUCGCAUUGCAGAGUCACCAGCUCCUCGAUUCAAUCCAUUGUUGAGAUUCCACAAGAGGAAUCAAUAAAUCCAGCUGAAGAGGAAGAAGAAAAGAAACGCAAAAGAAGGAACCAGGAGCUGACUAGCAUCGCAGUCGCCACGCCCACCCAAUUCAAUCAUCAACAGUUCCUUGUGUCCAACCUCUUCCUCCUCUUCACAUGCCCCCUUGAUGUUGACAGAACUGAUCGUGGCCUCUGGCGCAAUUCGAGUCCCUGGACGUUCCUUACCAAUUUGUGAGAUUGGUCCAUCUCUGCUUUGAUAGAUGGAAUGUAGGGAGCAGAAAUUGAAGGAGUUUCGUGAGAAAUGGAGACCGCUGCCAUGCUGGGGUCGAGUGCGGUGUCCAAGACGACGCAGGUGGCCUCUUCAAAAAUGUCAAAUCUUGGGGCAAUUGAGAAGUGCAGGCUUCAGCUUGAUUACUCCAUGACGGGAACCGUAGCGGCAUUUCCCCAGCGUAUGAAGAACGUGAUCAAGAUGCUCAUGGGAGACAUGGGAUCCAAGGAGGGGGUGGUGAAGACGGUGUCGGAGAUCAAGGCUGAGAAUAAGGCUAUGAAGUUGCCUACCUUUCCUUUUCUGGACUUAUACGAAUUCAUUUGCUGCAAGCGCGAGCUGGAAAUUCAUAGUAACGAGUUUAAGCCAGGCGAAGAACUGCCUGCAUUGGUGAUCGGUAUCAGCGCUCCUCAGAGUUGUGGUCAAACAACGAUUGUCUAUUCCCUCGAGUAUAUGUUCAAUUCUCUUGGCAGGUAUCCCAGGUGUGGCGAAGCUGAGAUCAAGUAACAUGUCAUUUUCGACUUUGUGACAACCUCAUGUUCUUUUACUAUCUUUACCCUGUUGUUUCCCUUCACUUAUACAACACUCCGUAUUAUGGUGUUUAGGUGACCGAUUUUGUUUCAAGAUAUAUGUCUGCCUGCAAGGCCUACUUGGCCGUCCGGUAUGCGCAGGGGCCUCAGGGCUCAAAAGAAGAGCAUUUGUUGAUGCUUAACGUUAACGAGAAUCGUAUCCCAAUCGGCUGAUACACUGCUCUUCACGCCAAUCUAGAUGGCUCGUUUAUUGCAGUUCAGGCUCCGGAAAGCAAAAAAAUGGGGCAGGGGAGAAAGUAGUUCAAGUGGAUCACUGGCCAGAGUCAGCAGCAUUAGCAAGUGGUUUAGCAAAUCAAGAACACAUUCGUUUGCAGAAUGUUCUGCACAUGUGGGCUACUAAUAAAUUGAUUGGGUUUCCCAUGUUUACUUCUGAA